GGGUUUCCUCCGCGAAGAAAUGUCUUGAUUAAAUCGCAAUUAGUUUCAUACUGUGGACUUACAAACAGUAAGCAAAACAACGAGUAAAUAUAAUUAGAUGCAAAUGCCGAUUACCCGCACUCACUAUCGCCAGCGCAUUGUCUACUUUUGCUCCACGUUGUUAUAUCGCUCGGUCUGAUACGGCUAUGUCAAAGAGCGAGAAAAAUCGUGAGAAAAAAUCAACAGCGAAAUUGGAUCGUCUUAUUGUGUUGAAGAAAGCGAUAAUGGAUUCCCUUAGCAUUUUGUCGCGGCACGAUCGAUCAAAAUGUCAGCUAAGGAGAAACAACACCAUGCCAAACGCGCAAGUCAGCACCACCAGCGCUAAAUACAGCAGCAACGGGGUGAUUGGCGGGAACUCAGGGUGGAUGCCAAAAAGUUUUGUAAGCACCAACAACUAUGUUGACGUGAUUCGACGCCCCAAUGAAACCGCAACGGGUCGUUUGCUGAUGGAUCCUAACUCACAGCUCCAAAGCAUGUGCCAGACCUGGCCACGUGACGUCUGCGUCGGGAAGUCACCGGAGAGCAGCGUGGAGUUGUGCACGCGCCAGUAUAACAACACCGAAACAAACAAAAACUGUGGGAACACACAAACUAUGAGAAGUGGAAACACCGAAACAAAUAAAUAUUGUGAACACUCAAGUGCGACAGGUGUAAACACCGAAACAAAUAAGUAUUGUGAAAACACACUCAGCAUGAAAUAUGUUAACACCGAAACAAAUAAGUAUUGUGAAAAUACACCCAGCAUGAAAUGUGUAAACACCGAAACAAACAAAUAUUGUGAAAACACACCCAGUUUUAAGAGUAACAAUAUUUUCGAUACUUUACCCCAGCGGCCCCUUCAAACAGAGAUAGUAAAACAUCCUCCAAUGACAUGCAAACAAGUUCAGACCGACCCCGAAGUUCCCGACGACGGGGAUUAUGAACACGUGAACUCUGACAUUAUUCAGUAUUUAAAACGAAUCGGCGACAAAUCGGUUCACUCGAAUUACGAACCCGACCCAAGCAGACAUCCAGCUUGCUUCUCUCCCCUCUACGACACGUACGAAGAACGAUUUUGUUACCGUUACCCAGACCACCCAUACCGCUAUCAAGAGCAACACCCCCACAGAAUCCCCGAAUCCAUGCACAUGUACAAAAGCAACGACUACAGAGCGGUUCCACCUCCGAAGAUUCGCUAUGACCUCGGCUACAACCACGCUCAUUUUACUCAAACUUUUCACGAGAGGGCGAAAUUCAACCCCCACGAAGCUCGCUAUGUACCGAACAAUUACGCCGAAUCAAGAGCUCUCUCGGAUGACAGCGGUUCCGUGUUCAGCUCCGAAGCCGAUUCAGAUUUUACAUUCUACCCUUGCUCUAAACUAACGGAAACUUUCAGCUGCAUGACCAUGCUCGACACCAGGAAGCCCGGCUUUUUUUCACCACCGGGUGACCUACCAGAAAACAUCAAUACCAGCUUCAGUUGGAGAUCUGACCUCUUCGGCAGCAGCCUCGACGAGGUCACCCAGCAGUUUUUCUUCGACGAAGACGCUCUCAGUGACGACGUCUUUCUAGACGACCCGGUAGAUUAUAACAAAGGAUCGAGAAGCGAAGACCGAUUUCAAAAACAGGCUCAAUACCUUCCCGACAUCCCACAGAACAAUCACUAUGAGCAGCGUCACGUGUUUGUCCCGACAUCUGGCUUGGUAGACGAAACUGGAAGACGGAACAGCAGUAGCGAGGAUUACUACGCCUACCGUUACGCAGAUAUUGAUGAGGUUCUUCAAAGUUACGAAGCGUCAGACGACACCCCGUCUGCUUUUUCGACUGACCAAUCACCAAAACCUGAAGGAAAGUCAUCCCCCGACGAUACAGAAGAAACACCGGAUAUUAUUACUGACUCCAGUCUAAGCCCCCAUUCACAAAAAUCAAUCUCCAGUGACGUGCGCAGUAGUAGAGACGAGAACUUCAUUGAUCAGAACCCGGAGUUUGCACACGUUUUCGACAGUUUGCGGAGAAACAGCACCCAGUCUAAAGCAAGAAAAAUGUGGAGGCAGAGGCGCGCCCGGGCAAAGAAAAACACCAUCCCAGUCGAACGAGAAGUCGAAUCCACGCCUUCACAUAAUGUUGCUGGAAGUUCUUCGCGGAGUAAUGAGGCCACUGUUAUAAGCUCUAAACCACCCCCAAAACCGCUUCGCGGAAUAUUGAAAAACAAAGCUCUAGCCUUAACUUCAUCAGGACAAAGUGAUACUAUAAAGAACUUCUCGGUGAAUGCUAAUCAAACGAUUAACGAAGAAAAUUCAUCAGAUAAACAGUUAACACGGGAAUGCUCUGAAAUAUCAUUGCAAUACACCGAAAACGGUACAAAUAGUAACAAACGCCAUAAUACUAAUCGAGAUACACAAAACUCUCUGGCAGAAGAACAAAGAACGAUAACUCCAAGUUCUUUCAUAAAUCACCAAUCAGCCGAUAAAAGUGAACAUUCUGAUUUAAAUAUGGAAAACACACAGGGUCAAUAUCAUUUUGUAGUUUUGAACACAAAAGAUGGACCCCCAGAACUAUUUACUGUUAGAAAAAACAGUUUAGAAGAUCACAAGUGGACCAGGUCUUUGCACAGACGACAAAAAUUACAAGCCAAGAAGUCAAAGAUGUGUUACUCAACAAAACAAGAAAACGAAAACAGUAGCUUCCCUUUUCAUUCAACAAUUUAUACUUCAGCUUCAACUAUUUAGAGCAGCAACAAAUAUAUACAAGCACAUUAUUAAUGGGUUUAUAUAUAAACGAAUCACCAAAAUAUUCUCUUCCAAGAUUAUUUAUUAACAAGUACAUGAAUAAAUAUAUUCUAAAUGCAA